GUGGGUAGGAGACGGCGGACGACGGAGGCGCCAUUUUGUGGAGCGGCGGUACCCUGUUAGAGAUUCUGGGGCACAAAACCGCUACUUCUGCAACUUCGACCCUUCCUGAAGAAAAAGCCCAAAAUUUGAAGCUGUCGGAGCAGUGUGCUAGAUCUUCAGUAAGGCAAUGGGUUCAGACAAACGAGUGAGUAGAACAGAGCGCAGUGGACGGUACGGCUCCAUCAUAGAUAGGGACGACCGUGAUGAGCGUGAACCCCGGAGCAGGCGGAGGGACUCCGACUACAAAAGGUCUAGUGACGAUCGGAGGGGCGACAGGUACGACGACUACCGAGACUACGACAGUCCAGAGAGAGAACGUGAAAGAAGGAACAGUGACCGAUCUGAAGAUGGCUACCAUUCAGAUGGUGACUAUGGCGAGCAUGACUAUAGGCAUGACAUCAGCGAUGAACGGGAGAGCAAGACCAUCAUGCUGCGCGGCCUUCCCAUCACCAUCACGGAGAGCGAUAUUCGGGAAAUGAUGGAGUCCUUUGAAGGCCCUCAGCCUGCGGACGUGAGGCUGAUGAAAAGGAAAACAGGUGUAAGCCGUGGUUUCGCCUUCGUGGAGUUUUAUCACUUGCAAGAUGCUACCAGCUGGAUGGAAGCCAAUCAGAAAAAGUUGGUGAUUCAAGGAAAGCACAUCGCAAUGCACUAUAGCAAUCCCAGACCGAAGUUUGAAGAUUGGCUUUGUAACAAGUGCUGCCUUAACAAUUUCAGGAAAAGACUAAAAUGCUUCCGGUGUGGAGCGGACAAGUUUGACUCGGAACAGGAAGUGCCCUCCGGAACCACAGAAUCGGUCCAGUCCGUGGAUUACUACUGUGAUACCAUCAUCCUCCGCAACAUCGCUCCGCACACGGUGGUGGAUUCCAUCAUGACGGCGCUGUCUCCCUACGCAUCCUUGGCGGUCAACAACAUCCGCCUCAUCAAGGACCGGCAGACCCAGCAGAACAGAGGCUUCGCCUUCGUACAACUGUCUUCUGCAAUGGAUGCUUCUCAGCUGCUUCAGAUACUACAGAGUCUCCAUCCUCCCUUGAAAAUUGAUGGCAAAACUAUUGGGGUUGACUUUGCAAAAAGUGCCAGAAAAGACCUGGUCCUCCCGGAUGGUAACCGGGUCAGCGCCUUCUCUGUGGCCAGCACAGCUAUUGCCGCUGCUCAGUGGUCAUCCACCCAGUCUCAAAGUGGCGAAGGAGGCAACGUUGACUACAGUUACCUGCAGCCAGGCCAAGAUGGCUACGCCCAGUACGCUCAGUACUCGCAGGACUACCAACAGUUCUAUCAGCAACAAGCUGGAGGGUUGGAAUCUGAUGCGUCAUCUGCAUCAGGCACCGCAGUGACCACCACCUCCGCCGCCGUGGUGUCGCAGAGCCCCCAGCUGUACAACCAGACCUCCAACCCGCCCAGCUCUCCGACCGAGGAAGCACAGCCCAGCACUAGCACAAGCACACAGGCCCCUGCUGCGCCCCCCACGGGGGUAGUUCCUGGUACCAAAUACGCGGUGCCAGACACGUCCACCUACCAGUACGACGAGUCCUCGGGCUAUUACUACGACCCGACCACCGGGCUCUACUACGACCCCAACUCACAGUACUACUACAACUCCUUAACGCAGCAGUACCUGUACUGGGAUGGCGAGAAGGAGACCUACGUGCCGGCCGCAGAGUCCGGCUCCCACCAGCAGACGGGCCUCCCUCCAGCAAAGGAGGGGAAGGAGAAGAAGGAGAAGCCCAAGAGCAAAACAGCCCAGCAGAUCGCCAAAGACAUGGAACGGUGGGCCAAGAGUUUAAACAAGCAGAAAGAAAAUUUUAAAAACAGCUUUCAGCCUGUCAGCUCCUUGAGAGAAGAAGAAAGGAGAGAGUCCGCCGCGGCAGACGCCGGCUUCGCCCUCUUCGAGAAGAAGGGCGCCCUCGCUGAAAGGCAGCAGCUCAUCCCUGAACUGGUGCGCAAUGGCGACGAGGAGAACCCCCUCAAAAGGGGCCUGGUUGCUGCUUACAGCGGUGACAGUGACAACGAAGAGGAGCUGGUGGAGAGACUGGAGAGUGAGGAAGAGAAGCUGGCCGACUGGAAGAAGAUGGCCUGCCUGCUCUGCCGGCGCCAGUUCCCCAACAAGGAUGCCCUGGUCAGGCACCAGCAGCUCUCGGACCUGCACAAGCAAAACAUGGACAUUUACCGACGGUCCCGACUGAGCGAGCAGGAGCUGGAAGCCUUGGAGCUGAGGGAGAGGGAGAUGAAGUACCGGGACCGAGCCGCCGAGAGACGGGAGAAGUAUGGCAUUCCAGAGCCUCCAGAGCCCAAGCGCAAGAAGCAGCUGGACGCGGGCACCGUGAAUUACGAGCAGCCCACCAAAGAUGGCAUCGACCACAGCAACAUCGGCAACAAGAUGCUGCAGGCCAUGGGCUGGCGGGAAGGCUCGGGCUUGGGAAGGAAGUGUCAAGGCAUCACCGCCCCCAUUGAGGCUCAAGUCCGGCUAAAGGGAGCUGGCCUAGGAGCCAAGGGCAGCGCCUAUGGACUGUCUGGUGCUGAUUCCUACAAAGACGCUGUCCGGAAGGCCAUGUUCGCCCGGUUCACUGAGAUGGAGUGAGACUCUGGGAGAGCAAGGGGAGAGAGGAGGAGGAGCUCCGAAGGGCACAAGGAGCGGUCCAUCGCCUGAGUCACUCUUGCCACCCGUCGUCUCUAAGGGCAUGCCUUGUCCUGUUCAUAGUUUCUAGGGUGAACCACCUCAUUCUGCAAGGUUCUCCCACUUAAAGGAGUUCCUCCAGGGUUGUUGGGUGAAUGGCCUUCGUUCCUGCCGGAGGACUUGCGGGCCGGCCGGGGGGCCGUGGCCUUUUAUACUGCAGUGUACAUAGUGUAACUCGCUGCGCUCCGCGCGUGCGGCCUGCGUGCAGCCCUCGGCCCCGCGCACCUGGGGCGUGGGGGGUGCCCUGGUGUGAGACACCAAAGCCGCCUUGUCGUUCGUUAUCGUGUUGUCUUUUCUUGGCAAAAGCCUUGUGUAUAUUUGUAUAUUAAACAUUUGUACAGAAUUUUGGAAGAUUUUCAGUCUAGUUGCCAAACCUGGCUUCUUUACAAAAGAAAUACCUUGAAAAA